AUGGAGGAAAAGUCUGCACAAACGUUCCAGCACUCGACGCUGACAUUUGCGCUGCAGGCUCUUUUGGCCCGGCAUGAGGCCUACAUGGCUGAUGCGGAGCGUGAUCGAGUCAGUUCCUUGACGCGGAUCGAAAAGCUGGAGCAUGACAAGCACGAGUUGGAAACACAAAACGCCAAUAAGAUCGAGGAGAACCGACAGUUGCUGGACCAGCUCGAACAGAUGAACAACACCGUCUCCGAGAGCGACACGAAGAUACGGAGCCUCGAGGCAAGCCUAUUAUCAUCCCAGCAAGCCGUGCGCCGGCUCGAGGCUGCUGCCGCCCGCGCUGAAGAUGCUGAACGGCAUUUGGCGGCACUGGAGGAAGAACAGAACCAGCUACACCAGGAGCUACGUCUGACCAAGGAGGAUGCGCGCUCGCAUGCGCAACGGUGCAAGGAAGCCCAGCGGGGUAUACUUGAUAUGCAGUAUCAGCUCGAGAACAUGGAGAAGGAGGCCAGAAAGGAACGCGAGCGCCACGUCGAGGUCAUGGAUCGCAUGGAACGCCAACGCGAGGUGGAGAAGCAGCUGGACACGGCGGCUGGCCGGCUCAAGGGAGCGGCUGCAACGAAAACGAUGGGGAACGAGAAGAGUGGAAGCAAUGUGGUUAACCACUUUGUGAGGGAUCUUCUUCAGGACAAUGCAAACCUACAGCUUGGUAUAGCCGAGCUGCGGGAGAUGUUGCUGAACUCAAAUGACGAGAUCCAGUCUCUCAGAGAACAGCUCAUGCACCACCAACCCGUGGACCAAGAGCCUGUAAGCGUGGCCCCGAGCCUCAAAGAGGAGCUGGAGCCGCAUCAACGGGCAGGGUCAAGACUGUCGCAGGAGCUACACAUACAUCAUCACUAUCACGUACAGAAGCAGGAGGCCAAGAAGCCAAGAAAGAAGCGGCCAGGCUUGACGCCUGGCGUGCUACAACCUCCGUCAAUAUCGCCUGCAGCAGCAAUACUCUCUUCAUCAGCAGCUGCUGCUAGCCUGUCACAGCCUGACAGGCACCUACCGACACAUGCGGGUGCUUGGACGCCAUUGUCCAACCCACCGUCCGAGUUUGCGUCUUCAGUGCCAAGCUCGCCUCGAUCAAACAGGGUCAGUUCCCUAUUUGACACAAACGCGUUCGACACCGGACUGCCAAUGUCCCCGAUUACGAGUCUCGAUCCGACAUCCCCUACCUGGCGUGCACACCACAAGCGACCCUCUGCCGCAUCAUACCAGAGUUUCCAGACGAUACCCCACAUGGACUUGUCUGAUGUGAGUGGCACACCGUGUCACCAACGAGGCUACUUUGACAACACCAUCCAUGAAGAAGACGAGGACGCUCCGCCGAUCGACGAGGACACUCCCGGCCUCACGCCCCCCGAAGCCUCCACCGAGGACUCCAUGGAAGGCUCUGCUGCCGAGGACUCGGAAUUCUCGAGCGAGUAUCUGCCGCCCCCUCGCCUACGCCGAGCGACAUCACACGAGUCCAUCAUGUCGUUGUCGGGAGGUCUCGACAUCCAUACCCUCAAGGCUCGCCCGAGCCAGAUGACGCUGAGGCCCAUCGGGGGUCUGGAAGCAGUUGUCACCGGCGUGACCGCCCAGCCAACGUUGUCGCGCACGACGGCGAAACGCAGCGAUGCCGCGUUGCGGGAUCACUUUGCUGGGAAACAGAGCUACCGCUCCGUCUCGUCUCCGAUGAGCGCAGCACAGUCUCGUAGCUCGUCUCCCGCAUCGCAGAAGGGUAUCACGGGCGGCCUGGGUAAAUUAGUAGGCUGGCGACCCUGGGGUGCCAACAGCUCCAACAACCCGGACGGUGCCAGUAACACGCCUACCAAAGCUGUGGACGUCCCGACGUCAACAACGGAAAACAAAGCUGAAAAGGCGUGGAGUCGAACACCAGGGAUCAAUCAGCCUGGCUCUAUACCUGGCUUCCAGCAAUACUGGGCCUCUCAGCGUCGCAAGGGCGCACCGGCGAAGGUUACGGCCGAAGUGGUCAACCACGACGUCCUCGACGAGAGCUUGCGGGAGUAA